AACCCAUCCAUUUCCGGUUUAAUCUUUCAGAAAUUUGCACAAAAAUUGUUAAGAUUUCAGUCGAUUUAGACAUGUUUAAAUCCUUUGCAUAGGAUAAAAGUACAAAAUCAUCGUUCUAUAAUGACUGAGUUCCAUCUUAGGCGUAUCGGUGUACCUCCAAGUCAUCCUGAAGUAGGGAAUUGUUUGAGGCUAAAGAACCAUAACAAUGCACGAACCACAUUUGGGCGGGACACCUCACAGAGUCACUACAUAGACUCCACACAGUAUGAGAGACUCAUAUCACGACGGCAGGCAGAAAUCACAUGUCUCGAAACUCAAAAUGGUGCUUUACAAUUUGUUCUAAAAGACAUGAGUCUCAAUGGAACAUAUGUGAAUGAUGUCAGGGUAAAUGGGCAGUGUGUCUUGAAUUCAGGGGAUUCUGUCACAUUUGGCCACAUUCAGGGUGUCAAGAUAUCUCCAGGACAAUAUGCUCCCCAGAAUGACUCAGAGUUCAAGUUUGUGUUUGAAGAAGUAACUGAAGACAAUCAGAGCCUGGAGCCUGAGAUAGUAUAUCACACACUGGAUACAGUUGGCACAGACGUCACAGACUGUACAGACACAGAUUAUAUACCCCCUGAUAGCACCACUAAUGACACCAGCACUAACUAUGUAGCCCUACAGACCACUAACACCUACCAUGGAGACUCAGGUAUUGAGGAUGCCAACUCAAGGGGCCAGGAGAGACUUAGCAUGGGAAGUCCAGAUGCUGAUGAGUUAGGUGCUCAGGAGGUUGUUGGUAGUGGAGAAGAGGAAGACAACUCAGACAGUGAAGAAGAUAUAUUUAAAGCAAAAACAAAUAAAAAGGGUGGAAAGAAAAAAGACACUCCCAAAAACACAAAAGCUAAUAAAGCAAAAGAAACUCAAAAAAUCACUGGUGCUGCAAAAAGGAAAAAAGGUUCAAGACGACCUAGCAUAGGCAAGAAAAAACAGAAGCUUGAUUCGUCAUCAAAUCAAGAUCAAGAUGACACAUGGUAUUGGCAUGACGACAGUAACAAAUGUGCAGCUUACGACUGUGAACGGCCAGGAAAUAAUGAAAAAGUGGAAUGGGUCCAAUGUGAUGACUGCGACGAAUGGUACCACACCCAAUGUGCAGGCUGUAAGUACUCUUUAGUAAAGAAAUCAAACACAGAAUUCCAUUGUGGAUGUACGUGAAGCCCCUUGAACAAUGCUCAACAUGGACACUCUUCAUGUGAAGUGCAAGUAUAGAAGACAAAAGCUUCCAGGAAAGUAACACACAGCUUUAUCUAGUAAAACUACAAGGAAAUGUGUACAUAUGUUAUAUGUGUUCCCUGUCAUUAAAACAUGAAUGGACAUGGGAGACUAAGAUCUUUUUCAUUUUGACUGAAAUAGGAAAGAAAAAACAAGUCCAACUCUAGUAAUACAGAGUUCAUUUGUUGAAAGACAGUAAUGUAGAUUUGAAGAGCAGAAUAAGUGUAUUUGCUACAUAAUUAGUGAAACGUGGGAAGUGUUGUUAUUGUUAUGUUGUGAGGCCUGACUGAGUAGGCACAGCGAUUGUACUGACGUAGAAGAUUCCGAGAUAAGGCAAUCCAGUGUCCUAUGUUUUGAUCUCUUUGCUCUAUGUACCAAGAGUGCUCCGGUGCAUGUAUUAAUUAUUAGUAUUUGGUUGAGCACUCUGUAUGGACCAUCUAGACUCUUUGUUCUGAAUACAUGUCCGGUCUCAAUAGCAUUGUCAGAAAUAAUAGAUGGCACCAUAUUAGCCAUACAUUUUUGGGACUUCUUUUGAGUUUUUU